AUGUCCGAAACAAUCAAGUCCGUCACUAUCCCCAACAUUGCGUGGGAUAUCGCUGCCGACAUCCACUUCCCGCCCAACUUUGACGAGAAGAAGAAGUACCCAGCAGUGGUAUCCGCCCACCCCAUCGGUUCAUGCAAAGAGCAGACCUCGGGAAAUGUCUAUGGCAAGGCCAUGGCCGAAGCAGGCUUUGUAGUUGUCGCUUUUGAUGCGUCUUUCCAAGGCGGUUCAGGCGGAAAGCCUCGCUUUGUCGAGAACCCCGAGUUUCGAGUCUCCGACUUCCGCUACGUUGUCGACUACAUCCAGACACUCCGAUAUGUCGACGCAGAGCGCAUUGGCGUACUUGGGAUUUGUGGCGGCGGUGGCUACGCUUUCAAUGCAGCCAUGACCGACUACCGCUUCAAAUGCUGCGUCGGCAUCACGCCCGCUAACUUUGGCCGUCUCGUUCGGGAAUCUUUCGGCGGCUUUGAUCCAGCCGGCUCACUCGAGAAAAUGGCCAAACAGCGCACCCUUGAGGCCCAGGGUGCCGACCGUUUUGUUAUCGAUUUCCUCCCUCCCUCAGUCGACGAGGCCAAGAAGAUGACCACCGACCCCGAUACCAUCGAAGCGACUGAAUACUAUAAGACUGACCGUGGAAAAGCGCCAUGCGGUGCUACUAGCGGUCUUUUCUCCUUUAACAGCGCUGCUCUGGCGUGGGAUGCUUUCAACCAUGCGGAGGUCCUUAUGACACGGCCCUUCAUUGCCGUUGUUGGCGGAGUUCCUGGAGGAUUCGGUGCCUACCGUGAUGCCCAUGAAAUUCAUGGUCGUGCCGGUUCCAAGGAAAAGGAAAUAGUUGUGCUCCCUGGUGUGUCGCACUAUAUGCUAUACGAUGAGCCUAAGGCUGUGAAGGCUGCGCUCGACCGAGUCCUCCCAUUCCUUAACAAACACCUCGGAGUUGCGGAAUAA